UAGUGAGUUUAUAGCCUGUCCACGUAGGCAACAAUAUUCACCCAAUCAUAACAUUUGAUUAAUCCACGUAGGAUUUCGGUUUUUAUUUUCUUUUUGGGUUUCUAGGUCGCGAUACGAAAUCAAAUGGUUUGAAUUGUCUGGGCUUCGGUUGGUUUAUUAGGCUAGGUCUGAGUAUAUUAAAAAAAAAAACAAACCCACGCGAGGCGGAACCCUCAAAGCUCUGCGCCUCCAUCUCUUCGUCUUCACUCUUUGUUCUUCAUCGUUACAGAAAUUUCGAUCCACCUCUCUACAAUCAAUACCCCAUGACAUCUCCAUCCAUCAAUUUAUCCUUUAUGAGUUCGUUUCGGUUUGCUUUUUUCCUGCCCCUUUAUAUAUUGUUCAUCUCUUUUGCGUGGAAACCAAAUCUCGAACUUCUCUCCUUACCCUAUGGCGUUCAAACCGAAUGGAAAAUCCCCUGUUACCUCCGAUCACGAUGACAAAAUCAUGCUUUUCCGCGACGUCACCCCGGGUCCCCACGAAACCCAGCUGCGUUUCCGCUUGAUUCAUUUCUGGGAGGCUUGGAACCCUCUGAAGAAGACGCUUAUUGGGAUUGAGAUGCUGUUAAUUGACGAGGAGGUAUAUGUUUUCACCCAAUAUAGUUUCUUCGUUGUUUGUUAUUUAAAACGUUGUUUGUAUUUUUUUUAUCUCCUGAUAUUAUAUCGAUAAGUUUCUUCGUUUUACCAUAUUCGAUAGUUCUUGAAUUUGUUUUUAGAUCCUGAUUUAUAUAGUUAAUUUUUACACUGUCCUUAGUUUUUAUAAAACAAAAAAAAACUAUUUAUUGGUACUGUAUUUUCUCGCAGGGAUCUGUUAUACAAGGAUUCAUUUCUCCAAGCCGUAUUGAGAGACAUUUGUCUAAAAUGAAGCCUGGAUCGCUUUACAAGCUCAACAAUUUUUAUGGAUCAAGCAACAAAACCAUGUAUCGGGUUUCUGAUCAUGCUGUGACGGUGUCGUUCUCAUGGAACUCGGAGCUCUCUGUUCUUGAAGACAGUCCCACUCCUUUUGAAGAAGACAGAUUCCGUUUUCAUUCCUUUGAGGAAUUUCAAGCUGGCUGUGAUAGCAAAGGAGACCUCUACGAUGUUCUUGGGCACAUGAAGCUGGUUAAUGGUCAGUGUCUCACGGGGACCCCAGUUCUUGAUGAAGUGGACAUAGCUAGGGCGAGGCAUGUGUUGGUUCAUGUGCAGUCAUACGAUGGACCUGUGGUGAAGCUCUACCUUUGGGACCAGGCUGCAAGAGACUUCUGCAAAAAAUUCAAAUCAUACGAACGCACCCCCACCGUGUUAUUGGUGACGACCGUUAACACCAAGAGUCUCGGAGGUACUCUUGCACUGACUACAAUGUCCUCCUCACGUGUCUUUAUGGACUGCGACGUCCAACCUACGGUCGACUACUUUAGCUGGUUGGGCUCUAACCCACAGAGUGCUGAGUUGGUUAAUGCAGAAGUGGUUACUAAAAGGGAGACACUGACCAUAGGAGAAAUAUUCUCCUACAUCAGGGAUGGAUCUAAUAAGGAGGCUUUUUUUGAGUGCACGGCUACGAUUGAUGAUGUGGUCCAUGGUUCAACCUGGUAUUACAUAUCGUGCAGUGGUUGCCAUACUAAGGCUACGAAAGGCCCAACUUCUUUGAUGUGUUCAAAAUGUGGGAAAGUCAACAUAUCAGGAGUGCCACAGUACCGUGCACAGAUAUCUGUCUAUGAUAACAGUGAGCAAGCUGUUUUUGUUCUACUUGGUGAUGCUGGUUUUGAGUUAACCGGGAAGCAUGCAGCCGAGUUAGUCAGCAGCUAUUUUGAGGCUAAUGGAGACCAAGGAGUUACUCAAGAGGUGCCUUUCCCGGAAGCUUUAAUUAGCACUAUCGGUCAGAAACAUAACUUUUGUGUAAAAGUUACACAGCACAACUUAGAUGGCAAGUCUCGAUCUUUGACUGUGACCAAGAUUCUCCCUAUGGAAUCUCCACCAGUCACAGAAGCUUCGGGAGGAAACUACAACCCGACAACCUUGGAGGAAGGAUUUGAGACUGGAACAAAGGUGUGUGAAGCUUCCAAAAUCAGUGGGGAUUCGGCAGAAGGAAGUAAGAGCAAUGGUGACAUGGAUGAGAUGGGCAAAGCAAAACGCCUUAAACGUGGGGUGUAGAUCUUACGUGUGUCGUAUUAUGUCUUGUAUGGGAUUACGUUUAAAGUUUUUUUUUUUUUCUCUCUCUGUUAUUGACUUAUAAUUUCUUGCAAUUUCUCUAAAGUUUUUUAUAUACUCUGAAUGCUUAUGUUUUGAUUAUCAUUAUUCUACUUCUUAAGGCUUAUAACUCUGUUUCUUUAGAUGUUUUGAAAUAUAGCUUUGUGACAAACAGGUUAAUCAAUACCGAUUUUGAAAAUCAUUUUUUAACGAACUUUUGGUUUUUUUGAAAAAUGUCUGUAAUGAAAGCAACAUUUUAGGAAAAAAAGGAGGUUUUCAAGUGCAUAUUUUACUUUGGAUAAAAACGUGUUUUCCAAUCUACAUAAUUACUCUACUUUCCAUUAAAUUGUUGAAGGCAUAAAUUUAGUACCGAUUAUGGAAAAAGAAUCAAUCAAGUAAUCAAUCAAUACCUAAACUAUAUCAAACACGAUUUUUUAAAAUCAAGAAUAUAUCUUCUCAUUUUUUAAUCAACCAAGUAAUUCGAUUUUACCUAAAUCAUAUCAAACACGAAUUAUUUCUCCUCUAACUCUCCCCUUAGGCUGCUGUACGGUAAACCAAGGUUUCUUUUUCCGUUUUGAAGCAUCCCCUUAAGCUGCUGCAACCAAGCUUCCUAUUUCCCAUCUUUAAUCAACGCUAGACUCAACGUACUGUGGAAGGUAAGAAUUUUUAAAUCAACCAAGAAUAUACAAAUCUUAAUCCAUCAAUCUAACUGCUAAUCAGUUUCAUUAUAAGGUUAGAAAUAUAUAAGGAAUGGAGCAGCCACCUCUUCCACCCCCUUCGCAAACUGCAGGUAAAUAUGCUUUAUAUAUUCACCUUCUUAUAAUCAUCCUAAAAAUCGCCUUAUAGGAAUGGUCGUCGGUAUAUGCAUAUGUCGCUAGAUAUAUUAAUUGUAUUUCUUAGGCCAUAAACCAGGAUAUACAUACAUAUUGAGACAAAAGGUUAAUCAAAUGUUUAACGUAACUUUAAAAUAAAAAUUAAUAUAAUAUAUAUAUUUCCUAUUUAAAGUUUUAAUUUUUCACAAGAUAUAAACUUUAAUAUUUAUAGGAUAGUGAUGCAACGGUUCGUGCAUGCACUUAAUAAUUAACAAAGCUUUAGAGAUGCAAAGUCGAGUGUGACUUCUUAGAAUAUAGAGUUACAAAAUUAUGAGAUUCAAAAAAAAGAAGAAGAUUUGUUUAGCUAUGUUUAAUUUAGUUAUUGCGCUACCUGUUUAAAAUGUAACAUGUGUUCUAUAAAUAUUACAAAAUGAUCAAAUAUUCUAUUUGAUGUGCUAAUAUUGUAUUAAAUAGUGUCUCCAGAUUUUUUAGAUUUAUAAUGAUCUACUUUUUUGGUUAGGAUCAAUACUGAGUUUUUGAAAGACUAAAUAAUACCAUGUCAUUCUUAUAAUUAUUUACGUUAUUUAUUACGUUGGAAUUAUUUCUUAUGAGUAUAAAGAACAAUUCUAUAGUCAAUGAUAUUUAAUGGCUAUAUAAAUUAUGUUUCAUAAAAAAAUCAGUAAAUUGUAUGCUAAGUGCCUUUGUUUAGCCAGAAAAUCUUUAAUUGUUAGACAACUAUAGCCAUAUACUUAGACUACCACGAACGUUAGUUUCGAUUUUUCACAACUAAUAUAUAUAUAUAUAUAUAUUAGUUUCUAAGUCUUCACAGCAAUAUGUCUCGAGUUUUUUUUAACUGGAAAUUUGCGGAACUGAAAGUUCUAUAUAUAUAUAUAUAUAUAUAUGGUAUUUGUUAAUUUAUUCAUUCAGGAUCUUUUUUGAAUAUUGUUGUCUUACCGUUUUAUUCAAUAAUUUUUAUACAUUGUUUUUUUUUGUAAAUUUUCCAUUUUAUAUAGUUUAUUGCUAAUCUAAAACAUAUAUUAACUAUUCAUAGUUUGCUUAUAAAUCUCAGAUAAAAUUUAAGCUGAAAGAAAAUAAACUAACCAUCACAACUAACUUAUAAAAUUAACAUUCAAGAAUAAAUGCUCAUUCACACCAACGUUUAAAGACAAAAAAUUAUAUAUUUAAACCCACCCUAUUUACCACAUUUCGACAAAGACUUCACCCCACACAAUUACCUCAACAAUGAGUGACAUACCACUUAUAUCUCAUAGAAUCUCGCAUCAAAGAAGAUCUACAGGUGGAAAUCCUGAAACAAACCCAACCACAAGAUGUGUAUUGUUUGCUUCGGAAAUUACAACCAACACAACAAUCUUUGUACUAUUACAUGCGGCCACAGUUUCCAUUUCCCUUGCAUUGAUCAGUGGCUUUGCAGAAACAUAAGUUGUCCGAUUUGCAGAGAAAGCAAUCUUUGAUGCCAAACUUUUCGAAAAAUAAAAAAAAGUCAAUUGAAUUCUGAAUUCUAAGAUCAUUUAUGUCUUCAUUUUAUUAUGCCAUUUUGUAUAAAAGUUAUUAUACACAGUUAAUAUUUUUAACAUAAAACUCAAUAUUCUAAUUUAAAUUUUUUAAAUAACAGAAGAACUAAUUUCUGUCUGAACUCGAGACCAAAUCCGUACAAUAAUGUUUAUAUAUUUUCGGUAAUUAUAAAAUAACAUAAACAGUUACAUAAAUAUAAAAAAUAAAAAACAUUUUCGUAACAAUAUUUAACUACCUAGCUGUAUCUUAUUACAAUUUUUAAAUCGUAUAUCUUUUAGUGACAACUUCCGUGCAACAUAUUCCUCAAAAAAUCCACCAACUUCAAGAAGGGAUUUCAAUUCGUCCUAUCAUCGUAUGUAUAAGAAAUGUUUGUGACAUCAAAAAACACCAAACAGAUAGUACUCGAACUUCCAUCGGCUUCAUGUGCUACGACCACAACGUAAGCCUUUUCUAAACUUCUAUAUAUAUAUAUAUACAAAUAUCUAUAUAUUUCCCAAUCCACCAUAUUUGAUUUAAACUACUCACUGCUUGCCUAAUUGGUUCGGCCCUACAAAAUAUUUUUCACACCCAGGGACAACUAUUAGAAGGUCGGGUCACCGGAGACAUUCAGCCGAAUGAUUCAAAAAACUUAACCGAAGGAGAUAGUUAUGAGUUCUCGAGAUUUUAUGUCAUACAUAAUUCACGACAACGGAAGCUCACCCAACUGCCGUACUAUAUUCAGAUCGGCCAAAGGACAACAGCAUUGAAUGUUACACUUGAUGGUCCGAUGUUCCCAGUUCACAGUUUGUCACCUCAGAAAUACACAAAUCUAUUGCGGUUAGCCAGUACACCCACAUACUUACCAGGUAGGUAUGUCAUUCCAAUAUUAGUUAAAUAAAUAUGUAUAUUUAUUUUAAAAUCAAUGUGCAGACGUCGUGGGACAGAUAGUCAUAAUACAAAAAAUAAAACUUGACCACCCAGAACUCAAUAUUGAUGCUACGAUUGGCCUACGGCUGAACAUGUUAGUCUAACACAAUAGUUUUUAACAAAAUAAUUAUUAUCUUCAUACCACAUCUCUAUCUCAGGUCAACGAUUGUUAAACUCAUAUUGUGCGACCAGCAAGCAGCAGAUUUUAGCAUCCUACAAAGCAAGAAGAAUAGAAAAUUUAAAGUUAUGAUCAUCACAAGCGUAAUUCCUAAACUAAUCCAAGGUAAAUAGUUCAAUUUAA